CGCAGAAUAAAAAAAGAAGGAAUUUUGAUGAACCUUUUCCUCGCUCUCUGAAUAAUUUGAUUCGAGUAUUUAAGGAAUCGCUGCGAGAAUGGGGAGCGGAGAAAGGAGUGGCAAAUUGGCGGGGCUCCACGAUGAUUCCUCCUCGUAUCCUUGUACUAAGAAGAUUGCUAAGCUUAAUCGUCAGUUUCAGUUCUCUCCUUCUGAAACUCAGAUUUCUUGCUUCGGUGACGGCGGAAAUGGAACUUCUGAUUCUCCUGCCGGUGGGCCCGUUUUCUUUAACUCUGCGCCUCCUCUUACCGGGGGGAGCAUGGGGUGUGAGAAAGCUGUAGUUUUUACGGCUUCCCAGAGGCAAGACUUUGAGAGGCAGAGUUUAAUAUACAAAUACUUGAUGGCUUCGGUUCCUGUUCCUCCUCAGCUUCUUAUUCCUUUACCCAAAACCCAAUCCAACAAAUCUGGGCCGGAUUUGAAGUUUCCGGCCGGGUCGGAUCCGGAGCCGUGGCGGUGUAGGAGAACAGAUGGGAAGAAAUGGAGGUGUUCUAGGGAUGUUUUGCCUGACCAGAAAUACUGCGAGCGCCACGCUCACAAGAACAGACCCCGUUCAAGAAAGCCUGUGGAAAUUCAAUCUCACAAAAACUCUCGUAAUCACAACAACAACAACAACUACCCUGCUGUCACUGUGCCCAGUUUUCAGUUCCCGGCAACUGCCUCUUGUGAUCAGAACAGGUGCAAUGAAUGGUUUGCCAGAGGUGGCAAUACUUGCAACCAACAAAAGCAGCAAUUCGUCUUGUCACCGCCACCAUCAACGUUGGGAUAUACCAUUGGCAAUGCCAUAAACAUGAAUGCAUCGUCAGUGUAUAGGCCAGAGCUUAAUAGUAACGAGCAAGGAUUCGUGAACCCGAAUCCAUUUCUUGAAGGCCAGGAAGCGAGAAGUCAUCAUCAGGUGAAUAGCGCGUUUCUUAGCCACAACAUGGCGUUUCUACAAGGAAGUUUGAAUGCGAAUGCUGGGAUAGUCCACCCGACACAGCACUUCAUUGAUGCUCAGUUUGCGGGACAGAAAGAUGGACUAGACAACACUGAUCAUAGCAGUUUAAGCAGUUUAAGCUGCAAGAGUUCAGAUAGGAAGUUGCCGUUUUGUUCUUUUAGGCUUUCAGUGCCCGGAGGGGGGAGGGGAAGCUACGAAGAUAACCAAGGGCUGAGCGUCGGAAUGUUGAACACAGAAUCUCAGAGCUCGUCCUCAAUAAUGCCCGGUGGACCUUUGGGUGAAGCAUUGUGUCUUGGCGCUGCCUCGAAUUUGGCAUCGCCUCACGGGUAUAGCAACAGCAGUGGUACCAGUAGCUGCAGCUCAUCUGAGGAUGGAAGUUGUGCUCUUAAUCUCAUAGGGUGACUUCACUUGUUCAUUGCUAUAUAUAAUCUGUGCUGGAUGUUGUUGCAGAUUUAAAUUCUUAGGCUAUGAUCUUGUGAAGCAUAAAAUUCUGCAGAUGUUAUUACCUGUUUUACUCUUCUGUCUGACUAUGUUGUUCACUGUCCCAUAAUGCUUUCAUUUGUUUAUUGCUAUCUACAUACCUUUCUCCUCA